UCACGUGAUGCGGCGCGUUUGUGCGCGCUCAGUCGUGCGAGAACCCCCCUCGGCUCAUGUGUGCGCUAAGGCGGGACGUCACAGAUCAAGAGGCCACGCUGGAGCGGCUGUCACAAGUAUUGCUUCUGAGACUGUUCUGCAGUUACUGGUCUUUCAUCCAGUUGUUCCAGCUGUUUUCUCAGUGUUGCCAGAUCUCUACAUGACCGUGUCAGAGAUGUCGUGGCGCUCGUCCUUCCACUGCUCCAAGUUCCGUCACGUAUUCGGGAAAACAUCCAGCAGGGAGCAGAGUUACGACAGCGUUCCUAUCACACGUGGAGUCCAUGACAAUCACUACUGCUCUGUUAAUCCUUGUUUCAUCGCCAUGGUGACCGAGUGCACCGGGGGCGGGUCCUUCCUGGUGCUGCCCAUCCAUCACACAGGCAGAGUUGACCCCCAGCACCCGAGGGUGUGUGGUCACAAGGCUCAGGUUCUUGACGUCAAGUGGAACCCGUUCAACGACAGCUGCAUUGCCUCGUGUUCUGAGGACUGCACGGUAAAGAUCUGGGACAUUCCACUCAAUGGCAUCCAACGGAACCUCACACAGGCUCGGAAGAGUCUGAUUGGUCACUCCCGGAGGGUGGGGCUCAUCGAGUGGCAUCCAACUGCCGAGAACCUUCUGCUAAGUGCGGCCUACGACUACAAGGUCCUCCUCUGGGAUGUGUCGCAGGAUGGGCCGGUGCUCAGGCGCCCCGUGCGUGUGGUCAUGGCGCCCAUCCGCCACCGCUUCCCGUCAGAGAUGUUGCUGCUCUCCGUCAGUUUCAACCAGGAAGGAAACCGGCUGGCGGUCACAUGUAAAGACAGACGCGUUCGAGUGCUGGACCCUCGCACUGGAAGGAUCCUCCAGGUCUCCUGCAACAAGUUUCACAGGGCCAACAAGGUUGUGUACAUCGGAGGUUUGAAGAUGCUUCUGAGCACUGGCUACUCGCCCUGGAAUCACAGACAGAUUGUCCUCUGGGACCCCGAUGACUUGUCGGAGCCUCUGUAUGAAGAAGAUCUUGACGGUGCGGCAGGAGUUCUCUUUCCAUUCUAUGAUCCAGACACUGACAUGCUGUAUCUGGCAGGCAAGGGUGACGGGAACAUUAGGUACUAUGAGCUGAGUUUGGAGAAACCUUACAUCAGCUUCCUGACUGAAUUUAGGUCUCCACUUCCCCACAAAGGACUUGCUGUUAUGCCAAAGCGUGGCCUAGAUGUCGGCGCCUGCGAGAUUUUCCGAUUCUAUCGCCUGAUCGCCGUCAAAGGCCUGGUGGAACCGCUGUCCAUGAUCGUGCCGCGCAAGGAGUCAGCGACAUUCCACGAGGACCUCUACCCAAUGACAGCGGCAAAUAGGGCAGCCGUGACAGCUCAGGAGUGGCUGGCAGGAAUUAACAGGGGUCCGGUCCUGAUGUCUCUACAUCCUGGCACUCGCGUGGUCAACCCUUACCCAGACACCCCCGCAGACAAGAGCUUGUACCUCAAGUCCACAGCUACAAAACUGCUUCCCCGUUCAACUACGGGCCUCAAUGAGAAGAACUUCCUGGAGGAGCAGCUAGCCUACCAGGAUGCCAAAUAUCACAGAGAAGCACACAAUCUUUCAGGGUCGGAGCUGUGGAUGUAUGACGUCACGCCCCAUUGCUGCGAGCCUGCCGAGAGGCCGCCGCCCACCACCGAGGAUGAGCUCCGCGAGGCGUUCUACAAACAACAAGAGGAGAUCAGAGGUCUCCGCGAAAUACUCGACCAGAAAGACGUCAGUACACGUCGUCAUGUUUCUGCGGCAUCAUCGCUAACCGCUAAUUUUCCUCUACGACAGGCGAGGAUCGCAGAGCUCGAACGAGAAGUCGGACAAAGCGACGACCGCCAAAGUGCGACAUGGUGACAGAACCACAACAAUAAAAGGAACAACCCACUUUAUUCAUGCACUUGAACUCCUUCGAAGGCCUGAUGGCGGUCCAGGAAAUCAAUCCAGAUGAGACGGCGAAAAUCAAAAUGUUAAGAUUUUAUUUACAACGUUAAUUUUUGUAUUUUGUGUUUUUUUUUGUUUAAAGUUUUUCCUUUAACUUACAGAAAGUAAAAAAAACUAAUCAGUGUAAACGUGAAGGCAAAGACUGAGGGUAGGGUAGAGAAGACGGUAGAAAGCCCUCUGAACAAUCAACAUUUCUCAAAAAAAAAAAAAUGUUGGCAAAGGUUUGAAAAAAAAAAAACAGGAAAAAUUUAACCCUGAGCGCUCAGAGGGGUUGAUGACAUCCUUGGGGUGGUUUUGGUGCAAUUACCUUCUCUAGCAUUGCAUAUUUAACCAGACUAAAUAUAAAAAUGAGCAUUCUAGCGAUACGUGACAAACAUCCCUUAAUCUUCUUGUGAUGGGUUUUACUCGGAGCACGAAAUCCUGAGAAACUUUGGGACGACACGGCGACAUGGACACAAAACUGAGCCGCGUCUCCUCCAACUUGGAAAGUCAACUUAAGUUUCAAUGUCAGUUAUUUGAACUAAAGAAAAAAAACAGAACACGCAAAAAAAAUCGUGUGUCAUCAGGUGAGGGGUAACCAGUUGGAGAAACGGAAUGCAGCCGGUAAAGUUGGUGAGAGAAUUAAUCGUCUUCUUCAUCUUUGUCGUCGGGGUCCCUCUUCCUCUUCGUUCCUUUGGCGGCCGGAGACGAGCAGUCUUCUGCUAUGGACAUAGACGACUCAAUAUUAAUUGAUGCAAAAGCGCGCGUGCGUACACCUGGGCCACUUACCGUCCUCAUCCUCGUCGUCAUCAUCUUCAUCAUCCAAGUCGUCUUCACUGUCGACAUCGCCGUCCUGAAAAAAAAAAAAAAAGAUGACAAUUAGGGUUUGAAAAGUACGGGAAUUUUAUGCUUACCAUAAUUUUCGGACUAUACACCGCUACUUUUCCCCCUCGUUUUGAAUCGUGCGGCUUAUAAUCCAGUGCGCCUUACUAGUUGAUUUAUUUGGGUUAGUAGGUAACACUUUAUCUGACAGCGGCGUCAUAAGACUGCCGUAAGACAGUCAUAAUUAUGACAUGCCACUUUCAUGGGCAUUAAUGAAUGGUUAUGACAGAUGUCAAAUAAUGUCACUAACUCCAUUUACAAUACAUCCAGCUCUGAUUUGUUACAUCCAUCUAAAAGUGAGAUAAUUUGUUGAAUGACACAAAAUGAUAUCUGUCCUAAGCAUUCAUUCAUGCUAAUGGCAGUGUCAUGUCAUAAUUAGGAUGGUCUUAUGAUGGCCUAAUGGCACCACUGUCAAAUAAAGUUGCCAAAUACCAUAACUAGCAAUUAAUGAAACAACUGAAACAGUCACUGAAGAAGUACUGUAUUGGCCCGAAUAUUAGACUGUUUUUUGCAUUGAAAUAACACUGAAAAAGUGGGGGUCUUAUAUUCGCGGUUUAGACAUUAAACCUAUUCAUGACACUAGAUGGCGCCAGAUAUCAUUGAAGCGAUGUUCUGUCAUGACUAAAGAUGUCCCGAUCGAUCGGCGUCCGAUCACGUCAUUUUCAAAGUAUCAAAAUCUGCAAAAA